GAGGAGCUGUGACAGGUGCGCAGUAUUCGACAUCAGACUGAGAAGAGGUGAGCUGGCGACGAUGGCUCCCUGGACCUGGCUGGCCCUACUUCUGCUGGUGUUGACAGCUCAGGACACAGUCCACGCACAAACAAUCAACGAUAAUUCAGUGACUCCCCCUGAAGGCAAUAAUGGCACGAGAAGGGCAGAGGUCACCUACCACUGCGUCAACAGCCCCUCGGAGGGUCGCUACGCGCUGGUGAGGAUUAACCCUUUCGGACGCAAGUACGAGACGGUGCAGCUGACAGACGAGGCCGGCACCCCCCAGGCCUGGUGCAGCGGCUCCGAGGAGAGAUACGACGACACCGGCGUCUACUCCGUCAAGAUCCCCGUCACCCGGGACAACGAGCGGCAAGUGGGCGUGACCUGCGGUGGCAAAAAGACAGGAAACAACUCCUACGAGUGGCUGCUGGCACUACAAGAAAAGAAUGAAGAAAUGCUGAACACUAAUCAUACAAUGGCGGUGUCGUGCGAUUUUGAUAUGGAAAGCAUGGCUCAGGCACAAACACAGACACAGAGCUCUGUUGAAUUCGAAACAAGACCAUCUGACUUAAAUCACCCUACUAAAAGUCACUCCUACCCAUUGUAUACAGAUUACCCAGAGCGAAGACCCGCAUACGUACGGUCUACAGAUAACUCAGCCACAAAACGCUUCUACACACAGUCUAAAACUCACGACAAUACAACACCCUUCUACACACGGUCUACAGAUGACUCCAACACAGCACCCUCCUACCAAGGGUCCUCACAUUACCGAACUACAAAACCAUUCUACGCACGGUCUACAGAUUACCCCAGCUCAACACCCUCCUACCCACGGUCUAAAACUUACCCCAACACAACACCCUCCUACCCACGGUAUAAAACUAACCCAAACACACCUUUCUACCCACGAUCUACAGAUUACACAACCCCCAAACCAUUCUACCCACGAUCUACAGAUGACUUCAACACAACACCCUCCUACCCACGGUCUAAAACUUACCCAAACACACCCUUCUACCCACGGUCUAAAACUUACCCCAACACAACACCCUCCUACCCACGGUAA